AUGACGUCAACGGCAGCCAGCGGUGACACUUCACAAAGCGACAGAUCAAGAGCAAGCAGCCGAGCCAGUCGAAGUUCGGCAAGGUCGCGCUCCUCGAGUCCGGCUGUGAGAAACGCCCAGAAACCAGAACAACCUAAGAACGCGUUGCCGAUCCUUGUCACAACAUCCAUAGAAAAUCAGUCGGACAAGGAGGCAGCCAAAGAGCCUACAGUCGACGUCGUCAUUCCUUCUGAACGUGCUGAAGAGAAAUCGCAGCAGAUCAGUGAGCCCCGGUCGAAAGUCGCAUCAUCGCCAUGUGAAGGAGAACACUCCACAGUUGCUCAGCGUCGGCUUCAAAAACCCAUCACAAGAAAUGUAUUAGAUAUCUCGGGGUUACUCCAAAGUCCCGAAGAUAAUCCAUUAGUACCCGGAAAGGAAACAGGCCAGCUGAUGAUGGUUACCAAUCGUUUCUGUGGGAAAGUCGGAGAGCAGCAGGAAGUAGAAAAAACAAGACGAAUGGCCCCGUCACAGCCAUGUGGCACUCGUUUGAAGCGCUGUUGUCCUUUGUCCUCAAUCGUACACACUCACCAGACGUUGUCACUGUCAAUGCUUGAGCUUCCAGCCUCCGCCCGGAUGCGACGCUCUGCAAGCCCGACGGCUGACCCCUCUCCAAGUGAUAAUGCGAGUUCCAACGGCGAAGAAGAGUCCAGAAAAGGCCGUCGCAAGCGUCGCGACCCGACGCGAACCCUGGAAAAUCUGAAGGAAAAGUUGGCCAGUGAGAAGCAGGCAGAGGAUGGACAAGAUGAAGGAGAGAAAAAGGAAAUGUCGUCUUCCACAGCCAGCGAUGAGAAUGGACCUGUAUCCGAGAUGCCAAAUCACCCACGACCUCCUCUGCUUCUCGUCACCGAGCCGACCAACGACACGGAUAGGGAAUGUCCGGAUUUGUGGGAAGAAUCCUCUGAUGGUGAUUGGACUGAGGCUGAGGACGAGGCCGAU